ACAAUUUCUCAUCUUCAGUGAACAAAAUUGUCUAAGAGAGCUUUCAAAUAUUUUGGCGUAAUUGAAUUAAACUUAAAUGGACUCAGCAGUGGGACAGGCUCCAGAAUCAACAGCGGAAGACUUGCGACGCGAAGCCCGUCGAAAGAAAAUAUUGCAAACCGCCAAGGCCCGGCUAGAUAAAUUAAAUGGUCUAGCCAGAGCAGCUGAAGUAAAUUAUGUUGAUUCUCCAGCAACCGAAGAAUUGGAUUACUCAGAUCCUGAAGUAGAGCCAAGCGUUCCUAUCAUAACUACAUUUGCUCAACAAGAUAGAAUUUUUUAUUCAGCAACGAACGUUUCUCCGAAUAACGCGGAUGUCCCAAAUAAGUUUGUAACAGGCAGGGUCCAUAUUUUUAUAGCUUCAAUUUUAGGAUAUAUUUUAUCACAUUAUGUUAAAAAUUCUCUUUUUGUUCCAGUUUUCUUAUGUAUAUUAAUCGAAAUAUUUUAUCUGAAAGGGCAUCAGAACCCGCAAAAUAACAUUCUUGCCUUAAUAUUACCUGUUGCACUUUUGUUCACAGGUGCUUUUGUAGGUAAUAAAAUCAGGCAAAUUAAUCGUCUUCUCUCCAUAUUACAAUCUCUGAUUAUUAAUCUAGCAGUAAAUAUAUUCUGUAUAUGCUUAAGUAGUUUUUUAUUCAAAUUAAAGAGUGUAAGUCAUGUUGCUGAUAUAAAAUAAAA